AUGUAUAUAAUCAAACGCGAUAUGCACAAUUUAUUUGCUUUAUUUCUAAUUCUUAUUGCAUCAGAAUCAGUGGCCAAAGUUAAAGAUAUUGUCCAGUCUCAUUCAUCUACUAUCGUUGGUGGAACAUUGCUGGUAUCUACUAUUGAUGGUUAUCUCAAAGGAAUUGACUUUCAUAGCGGGGAAGUCAAAUGGUCUUUGAAGGAAGAUCCAGUACUAAUAUCUCCAAAAACCAUUCGACAUGGUUUCACCUUUAUACCAGAUCCGCAAGAUGGUGGUUUAUAUAUAUUGAAAGAUGGCCAGUUAAAGAAGUUGCCAUAUUCCAUUCCACAGCUUGUUGCUGCUUCACCUUGUCGAACUAUGGAUGGUGUUCUUUAUGCAGGAAGCAAGAAAGAUGUGUGGUUGGAGAUUGAUUCAACUAAAGGAAUAAAAUUGGGGGAGUUAUCGCAAUCGCAAACAAAUUCCCAGUGCCCGCUUAAUAAAAAUACCAGUAUUUUGAUUGGAAGAUCAGAAUACAAAUUAACAAUGGUAGAUCCAGAAAAUCGAGAUAGACGAUGGAAUGCAACGUAUACCGAUUAUUCAAAUCAUCUCUUGCCUGCUGACCCUUCAUAUCCGUUUCAACACUUUACGAGUACUGUGGGUGGUCGACUGCUAGCAGUGAAUGCAGCAGAAGGAAGUGUAGCUUGGGAGUUGGAUGUAGGAAAUACUGUGGUUGCAAUGUAUAUACUUCAAAACGAUGGCUUACAUAGAUUACCAUAUACAGUUAUUGGCAAGGAAACAUUGGAGGAGUUUGUAAAGACGUUGUACGUUGGUGAAAACACGUACGGACUUUUUGCAUUACCAGCUUUUAUAGACAGUCGUACGAUAACCGUAGUACCGAAGUAUCUUGGUCCGCCACUGCUAGAAGGUCCAUUACCCGUUGUAGUUGAGAACGAAGAUCCACAGACACAGAUCAAUCCAUCGACUCAUCGUGUUGCUUUGAUCAAUUUGGAUAUAGCAAAAAUUACCCACAAGACUGUCGAUGGAGAGUUUUUAGUGUUGGGCUAUCACGAACCGCCUCAGUUGACUCAAUCACAACUUAUUCCACAGCGAAUUAUUCGUCAUCAACGAUAUCCUUCCUUAUCGUUCGUUACGACGGAUAUGCAAACCGAAGAAAUACCUGCUCAGACUGCAAAAAGCGAUGAAUACGCUUUGUGGAGGAAUAAUCACUUGGUUAUAGUUAUCGUUAUUUCAUUUACCACACUAUUUGCCAUUGCCUGCUGGUUCUUUAUGGAGAAGCUACGGAAUUAUGAACAGGAAAACUCUCCAGAACAGCGAACAAAUUACGCACAAACAUCGAAAAAUUUUGGAAAUUUUUUGUAUGCGCGGCAAUUACAGCGGCUUCCCCAUGGUUGGCUGCAAACUGGAAAUAUCAUGUAUAAUCCAGAAGAUCGUCUCGGACAUGGAUGCGAAGGAACUGUUGUAUUUAGGGGUAAAUUUGAUGGUAGAGAAGUAGCUGUAAAACGAGUUAUUGCGGAUAUUCGACUUGCAGACCGCGAAGUUGAUCUUUUACGUGAAAGUGAUGCCCAUCGAAAUGUUAUCAGAUAUUUCUGUAUGGAAUCUGAUAGUAAUUUUCGCUAUAUUGCACUGGAGUUAUGUGAUUACUCAUUGUUUGACUACGUGGAAAGAAAGGAAAUUCGAGAGCAGUGUCCUCUUAUCCCGUUGGAAAUUCUGCAUCAAGCAACUGAAGGGCUUGCAUAUCUUCAUAGUAUAAAUAUAGUGCAUCGUGAUAUGAAACCGCAAAAUGUACUCCUAUCAAGAGGAACCAGGCAGGAUUCAGUACGAGCGCUGAUCUCAGAUUUCGGUCUUUGUAAGAGACUUCAAGCAGGUCGUAAUUCCUUAUCACGAAAAUCCGGUCUUAUAGGCACUGAUGGUUGGGUCGCACCAGAAGCUUUGAUAUCAGAUGCAAGUAUUACUUGCGCUGUUGAUGUCUUUUCGCUUGGUUGUAUUUACUAUUACGUAUUAACAAAUGGAAGUCAUCCAUUUGGAGAUGAGUUGAAACGACAAGCAAAUAUAAUGCAAGGAGAGUACAGCCUAAAAUUAUUGAACAUGACCGGUAACUUGAUGGCAGUUGCUUUGAUUGAAUCAAUGUUGCGACGUGAUCCACUACUUCGCCCGGUAUCGGCUACUCUAGCAAUACAUCCAUUUUUCUGGAACAAAGAACGUCAACUUAGAUUUUUCAUGGAUGUCAGUGAUCGUAUCGAGAAAUUAAGCGAACAUAGCUUUUUAUUACGUCGUAUAGAAGAAAAUGCUCGCUCUGCUAUCGGUUUUAAUUGGCGUCAAGCUAUUUGUCCCGUCCUUGCAGUUGAUUUACGCAAAUUCCGAACUUACAAAGGCAAUAAAGUUCGAGAUCUAUUGCGAGCAAUGCGGAACAAGAAACACCACUAUCAGGAAUUACCUACAGAGGUGCAACAAUCGCUUGGUCAAGUUCCAGAUCAGUUUGUUACCUAUUUCACAGAUAGGUUUCCGCAGUUAUUGCAACAUACCUACGAUGCAAUGAUUUGUUGUGCUAACGAGCAUGCCUUCAGUAGGUAUUAUUCAGAAGAAGCGCGCAAAAAAGCUGAUGAAUUUGUAGCUGAAAUGGCGGCAAGUGAGAUUAAAGAGUCCGAACUUGACAGGCAAGAGGUGGAAUUUGAGAAUAAAAAAAGAGAAAGCAUCAGCAGAUUAGACGAUAAAGAAACAGAAACUGUCGAUGAAGAAAAUCCCGACGGAAAGAUUACAACUGAUAUAAGCUUACAAGAAGUAGAAAUAGUUACGGCAGAAGAUCCCACAGCAAUUGUGGAUAAUCGUCGGAAUCGAAAACGUAGGAAACGUCCUAAACAUUAUUAA